CGGGGCUCUUCCGCGCGGCGCGAUGGCCGGGGCGCGGGCGGCGGCGCGGGCGGCGGGGCUGGUGCUGCUCUACUACGGCUUCUCCAUCGGCAUCACCUUCUACAACAAGUGGCUCAUGAAGAGCUUCGCCUUCCCGCUGUUCAUGACGCUGCUGCACCUGCUGGUCAUCUUCGCGCUCUCGGGGCUGGCCAGGCGCUGCUCCCGCCGCCGCCGCCCUCCCCACGCCGCCGCCGCCGCCGCCGGGCGCGCCCUCUUGCCCUGGCCCGCCUACCUGCGCCAGGUGGGCCCAACAGCGCUGUCCACCGCCCUGGACGUGGGGCUGAGCAACUGGAGCUUCCUCUACAUCACCGUCUCCCUCUACACCAUGACCAAGUCCUCGGCUGUCCUCUUCAUCCUCCUCUUCUCGCUGAUCUUCAAGCUGGAGGAGCCGAGAGCCGCCCUGGUGCUGGUGGUCCUGCUCAUCGCCGGGGGCCUCUUCUUGUUCACCUACAAGUCCACCCAGUUUGAGGCCGAGGGCUUUGCCAUGGUGCUGGGCGCCUCCUUCCUGGGGGGCGUGCGCUGGACACGGACGCAGAUCCUCCUGCAAAAGGAGGAGCUGGGACUCCAGAACCCCAUCGACACCAUGUUCCACCUGCAGCCGGCCAUGUUCCUCAGCCUCUUCCCCCUCUUUGCCGUGUUUGAAGGUCUGCCCUUGUCUGCCUCCGAGAAGCUGUUCCGUUUCCACGAGGAGCAGCUGCUGCUGGAGCUGCUGGGGAAGUUGGCGCUGGGAGGGGUGCUGGCCUUCGGGCUGGGCUUCUCCGAGUUUCUCCUGGUAUCCAGGACCUCCAGCCUCACCUUCUCCAUAUCGGGGAUCUUCAAGGAAGUCUUCACGCUGUUCCUGGCGGCCCACCUGAUGGGAGACCAGCUCACUGUCCUGAACUGGUUGGGCUUUGCCGUUUGCCUGCUGGGCAUCUCCCUGCACGUGGCCCUGAAGGCCCUCGGGGGGUCAAAGGGCACCAAGCACCCCGAGGUGCCUGGCUCUGCUGCAGACCUGGAGCUUUUGCUGCUGCUGGAUUCCCAGGUGGAGGAGGAGGAGGAGGAGGAGGAGGUGGCCGAGAACACCCCCCUGUGCUGAGCCACCCCUGGGCAAGCUGGGAGGGCACCUGCGGGGGGGGGGGGGGGGGGGGAUGGAUUGCUGGCAGGAGCAGACAGGUUGGGGAAGGGGGGGGAUGGGCAGCAGGGCUGCUUCUGGCCCUCCCCCAUCCUGGGCUGAGAGGGCGCCCUCUUUGGGCUCGCAGGGGCCUCGUGCCCCAGGCUGGCCGGGCCAGAAGCCGAGGCCCGGGGCCUGCGUAGGCUGCAGCCACCUGUGCUGGGCACACCUUGCUGCCCGGCCCUUCAGCAGCACCUGCGGGUGGGCGGGGCGGCUGCUUGGAGACGCUUUGAUGGGUCAGAAGUGCCCCCAAAGAGGGCGGCCUCCUGGGGGAAGAGGACGCCUGGGCGAAGAUGGGUCCUGAGGAGGAGGAGGAGGAGGAGGAGGAGGACUCUGGGAAGGGGGCCAGCUGGCCUGGAAAGGGGGGGCCAGGGGGCUGAGCUCGGGGGCAGGGAAGAACCCACCUGAGGGAGGCGGGGCCUCGAUGGGCACCCCCCCUGCAGCAGCCCUGGGGGCCAAAAGGACGCGGGAGCCCUGAGCAGAGCAAGGGGGCGGCCUGCAAAGAACAAGGGGCUCCCUUGGCACAGCGAGUCUCGCCAAUAAAAUUGGCAUCCAAAUCCGUUGCACGAAACAGGAGCGUGUGUCUCACGAAGGUCUGUGCGGAGGGCAAGCUGAUCAGCCCACCAUGGGUGUGUGCGUGUGUGUGUGUGCGUGUGUGUGUGCUGGAGUUUCCUGUAACCAAACAGCAGCGGGGAGAGGGGGGCAGUUGGAAAACCCCACUGGGCUAAAGAGCAACCCUCUGCUCCAUCGUCCACCCAAAGGGGAACUGGGUUUCCCCUCCUUCCCAGAUGAAGCACGUGGGCCACCCUGUCCCCUCGGGGCAGUGGAUGGCAGAGGGGCAAGUGGGGGCUUGGGAAACUGGGGUGCUCUCGGGCGCUUCUGAGGGUCUCUGCCGGGAAGUCGGGCAUUGUCACUGCAGGCGCCCGGUUUGCCCCAGUGAAAGCCCACCAGGGCCCCAUCCCCUGCUGUGGGGCAAGGCUGGUCUGAGCGCUCUGCAGGUGCCAGGGUCAGGCCCAGUGGCAGAAUUGAGCCGCUGCCUCCAGGAGCUCCAUUUCUUUGAGGGGCUGACGGAGGUCUUUUAAUUCCUGCCACCUCCUCUGCGGUUCACCCACAGCAGUCCCGCUCUGGACCACAAGCAAAAACUGCUGUUGAUGUUUGAUAAACAUCAGAUCGGUAUCUAAGUUAAAUAUCCAAAUUGAUAAAUGGUAUUUGGAGAAUAUUUCAUGAAGCUCUGCAUCGGGAUGCUCAUCUCUUCUGUGACACCAAGCGGCCGUUUUG